AUGUCCAAGCUUUUUGACCUGGUUCUCUUCGGAGCCAGUGGAUUCACCGGUGAAUAUGUUUUGGAGGAGUUUGUGAAGUCAGAAUAUUAUCAGAAGUACUCGUUUGCCAUCGCUGGAAGAAGCCAACCCCGCUUGGAGAAAACCUUGGAAAAGGUUGGAAAACUUAUUGGUGAGUGGGAAAUUUUUGAUUAAAUUUACCCGUUCGAAAUUUUAGAUCAAGAUCUCUCCAAGAUUCCCAUUCUGAUUGCUGAUUCGUCCAGCCCAGAGCAAUUACAGGCAGUUGCGGAGAAAGCGAGGGUCGUAAUCUCAGUGGUUGGUCCUUACGCAUUGCAUGGGGAAGCUAUUGUGAAAGCUUGCGUGGAGGGCAAGGCGUCUUACGUCGACAUCUCAGGAGAACCCGCGGUAAGCAAGGAUUUUUUAUAUUCUUCCAUUAGACCUGAUGGAUAGUAUAGUUUCCUCAUAAUUUUAAUUUUUUUUCAGUUCCUCGAGAAAGUUCAGCUAAAAUACGGAGAGAAAGCAAGACAGAACGGGGUUUACAUAGUCGGAUCUUGCGGAUUCGAGAGUAUUCCGUGCGACUUGGGAGUCCAAUUCUUGAAGAAAAAUUUCCCAGGAACUCUAGCAUACGUCGAAACUGUUGGCCAGUUAAAUGCAGGACCUCAUGUAAGCUGCCCUUGAGCUCUUUGAAUGUUUGGUUCAGGGAUACACAGUAAAUGAUGGAAGCUAUCAGACCCUUCUGUUGGCAUUGGAGAACGGAAAGGUUGAUAAUCUGGAGGGAAUUCGCAAAGAAUUGAUGCCAGAGAAGUUGAAUCGGACUCAAUUCAAACCUCCAAAGCGGUGAGAGAUUAUUUGGGGCCGUUUUGAUCUUGGUUUAGACCUUGAUUAUAUUGAAGUACUGUGACGGACCUGAUCCAGUGACAAAAAAACGCAUGUUGUAUCCGGGAAGUAUCAAAAAAUGUUGCAAAAUACCUCCCUAACCAAGUAAAAAACUCCGAUUUCAAACGCGCGCCCGCUCUUUUUGUGAGGGAAAAGGCGCCCUUCAAAACGGAGUUUUUUCACUUUAGGAGGGAGGUAUUUUGCUAAUUUUUUUAUACUUCCCGGCUGCAAAAUGGUACGUUUUUUUGCCACUGGAUCAGGUCCGUCGCUGUAGAUAAAGAAGAAAUUUUUUUAUAUUUUUUAAUUUCAGAAGCCUUGUUUGGCAAGAUAAGAAGAUUGGGAGACCUGUGAUCCUUUUCCCCGGCACUGAUAAAUCCGUUGUGGAUCGUACUCAAUAUUAUGACGCCACGAAAAAGCAGAGAUACCCGGUCUCUAUUGAGACCUAUUUCUCGGUUCAAAAUGUCCUCUGGGCAUACUUGAUCAUCGUCUGGUUCGCAAUUUUGAAUAUCCUCACCAAAUUCAGUGUAACCCGCCGAGUCAUCAGGAAUUAUCCAUCUCUUGCCAGUUUUGGAGCUUUUGCCAAAAAUGGAGGCACCAGGGAACAGGUCAAAUCGGUGAGUUUUUGAUAUUAUUUUGAAUGAACAAUGUUUUUGUGGUUUUAUGUUUUCGAAAUUUUUUUUUGAUUUGAAAAUUUAUUAAACCGUUCCUUACAAAAUUUUAAGAGCACCUUCUCCUACUUUAUUCAUGGCACCGGUUGGGCCGAAUCCGAGCCUCAACCCGACAAAACCCCCACCAAAACUGCUACCGUCCGAGUUGACGGACCGGACUGUGGAUAUAUUGGGACGGCCGGCUGCCUCAUCGCCGCAGCCAUCACGCUUCUUGAGGACCAAGGAGAGUUGCCCGAGAAUGGCGGAGUGUUCACUCCAGGCGCUGCCUUCGAAGAGACCAAAAUAAUUUCACGUCUUGAACGCUUCAAUGUGACCUUUAAAAUCGUCGACUGA